GAUUCCUCCGCGGAGCUGGUGUCGGAGGAAGAGGAGCGUCUCUGCGGUCAAACCUGGACAAACUUUCACCGCUUCUGCAGCUUUAACGAAGAGUCCGGAGGGAAACACGACACCAUCACCAACAUUUACGGACAUUAUUGAAGAAUUAAAGACAUGACGCAGCGCAGAAACUCCAAAAGUCACGCGAAAAGAGAGGUGAAGUCGUCGGUGAGUAAAAACGGUCGUGGUUCGUCGGACUCUGGAGAGGCUUCGUCGUCAUGUGGGGGUGUGGGGGGGGCGGAGUCAUCGGGUCCGGUCCGGUCCUGGUUCAGUCUGGUCUUGGUCCUGGCUCUGGUCGGGCUCUGGAGCUCCAUGGCGGUGGUUUACUUCGACGUGGUGGACUACGACAGCGUCCUGGCUCGAGCGAAGGAGUUCCGGCAAAACUUUACAAGUGUUUUACAAGGGAAAUUGUCGGCGUACGAUUCAGACGGAGACGGAGACUUUGACCUGGAGGACGCCAGAGUUCUGCUCGGAUUGAAGAACAAAGAGAGACAAGACACGCCCCCAAAGCCCCCCACACCUGAAGAACACACAGGGACCAGAUCUGCAGAUGCUCCUGAACCUGAACCAGAAACCACACGACACCAGGACGAGACACCGGAGACACAGAGUCCAGACCCGGACCUGGACCUGGACCCGGGACCAUCACAUGACCCGGACCUGGACCCGGGACCAUCACAUGACCCGGACCUGGACCCGGGACCAUCACAUGACCUGGACCUGGACCCGGGACCAUCACAUGACCCUCACACUCAUGAAGAUCCAGAAUCAGAGAACGACGUGGAGGCUGAUAUACAAGAGGCUGUUUCUCUCCCUGAUCCUGACGACAUUUUCAUUCCUGACGAUCAUCGUGGGGACAGUAUAUUUUCUCACAUGUCGGAGGAGAAACUUGUUCCCAUCGAUACGACUGGAGUUCUGGUGAAGGAUCCUGAGCCGCAGGAAACUGUGGUGGAGUCUGGACAAGAUCUGACCAGCUCCAAAAUCUCACAGGAACCAGAAGCAACAAACGAGCGUGAGCCCAAAACAGAACCAGAACCAGAAUCUCAGAGUGAGAAAACAGAACCAGGCCAGACUGAAGAGACGACGACCCCGACGACCCCCACGACCCCCACGACCUCCACGACCUCCACGACCCCGACGACCCCGACGACCGACGAGAAGCUUGAAGAAAAAGACAAAGUGAAGAAGAAAAAAACCAAAACUGUUGAAUAAAUUUGACAAAAGCAUCAAAACCGAAAUCGACGCCGCAGAAAAACUCCGGAAAAAGGGUAAAGUGGAGGAGGCUCUUCAGGCGUUUGAAGCUCUGGUCCAGAAAUAUCCACAAAGUCCCAGAGCGAGAUACGGAAAAGCCCAG